GUGCUCACUGGGCCAGUCACAGCCGGGUAUUUUUCACAGUGGCUCAGUCGAGAAGUCUUCAUCUGUAAAUAUUGAAUUUCAUUUCCCCUCAUUUAAAGGAUUAUUUUGAAGUCUCAAAAUGCCUGCAUUCCCCGAACUCUAUUUUAAUGUGGAUAAUGGCUAUUUGGAAGGAUUGGUCAGGGGUUUCAAGGCUGGAAUCCUUACUCAAGGGGACUAUCUGAAUCUUGUUCAGUGCGAAACGCUGGAAGACCUAAAGCUCCACCUGCAAAGCACAGACUAUGGAAGCUUCUUGGCCAACGAGGCCUCUCCUCUCACAGUGUCUGUGAUCGAUGACAAACUCAAGGAGAAGAUGGUGGUGGAGUUCCGUCACAUGAGGAAUCAGUCCUAUGAGCCGCUGGCCAGCUUCAUGGACUUCAUAACGUACAGCUACAUGAUUGACAACGUCAUUCUCCUGAUCACGGGCACCCUGCACCAGCGGGCCAUCUCUGAGCUGGUGCCCAAGUGCCACCCGCUGGGUAGCUUUGAACAGAUGGAGGCAGUCAACAUUGCACAGACUCCAGCUGAGCUUUACAAUGCUAUCCUGGUGGACACUCCCCUGGCUGCGUUUUUCCAGGACUGUAUAUCGGAGCAGGACUUGGAUGAGAUGAAUAUUGAAAUAAUCCGAAACACACUAUACAAGGCAUAUUUAGAGGCAUUCUACAAGUUCUGUUCUACCCUUGGAGGAACCACAGCUGACACUAUGUGCCCCAUCCUGGAGUUUGAGGCUGACCGCCGAGCCUUCAUCAUCACCAUCAACUCCUUUGGCACGGAGCUGUCGAAAGAGGACCGGGCCAAGCUGUUCCCGCACUGUGGCAAGCUGUACCCUGAGGGCCUCGCUCAGCUCGCCCGUGCCGACGACUAUGAGCAGGUCAAAGCUGUGGCGGACUACUACCCCGAAUACAAGCUUCUGUUCGAGGGUGCUGGCAGCAACCCAGGGGAUAAAACUUUGGAGGAUCGGUUCUUUGAGCAUGAGGUGAAGCUAAACAAACUGGCUUUCCUGAACCAGUUUCACUUCAGCGUGUUCUACGCCUACGUCAAGCUGAAGGAACAGGAGUGCCGGAACAUCGUGUGGAUCGCUGAGUGCAUCGCCCAGAGGCACCGCGCCAAGAUUGACAACUACAUCCCCAUUUUCUAAAAAAAAAUCAGUCACCACCUCGCCCACUCUCUGAUUUCUCUCUCGGUCUUUCUCUCACUAUCUCUGUCUCUCUGUCUCUCUUUAACAUUGUGCAGUCCCUAAUCCACUUGUAACAGACACUUUAAUUUAUUAUAAAUAUAUAUAUUCUUUUUUUUGGUGAAGAACAGCUUUUCACCUGCUCAGCUUUGAUUCCUGACAGCCUCUCUCUCUCUCUCUCUCUCUCUCUCUCUCUCUCUCUCCUCGCCAUAUGUCCAAGGCAUUUGAGAAGACAUUUCUCAUGCCUGGAAUAGCUCCAAAUUCAGUUUGUUACUGCAAAGAGAUCAUGUUUACGUCUUAAAUGAACAUUUCUGUGUGAUCGCCCCUUAAAAGCCUCCUGGGCGAUGGUCACGGUGGCCUCGGUAGGCAUUUUCUGCAUUCUCACUGGCUUAAUUAGUGGAGUGGCUAACUUCUCACGUUCUCGACACUCUUAGCGGUGGUCUGUGGAGAGCUGAAAGCAGCGUGGCAAACCUCACAUGUCUUUGCCACCAGACAUCAUGCUUUGCUCUAGCCCUAGGCCACAGGAGAACGGUACAACAGAAAAUGGGUCUGUUCUUGUUUGAUUUGGAGCAGAGGCUCAGGCUACCCAAGAUGCACCUCACCUCUCCUUUUCAUGAUAUUUCUCCGGUUCCCACCCAGUGAGCAUUGUGGCCCUCACAGGUUCAAAGGGAAUAAAAUGCAGAGGCAGCCGGUACCAUACAUACAUUCCACCAAUCAGUAUCUUUCAUGUGCCCUGUGUAUGUCAUGAUGUGUAUGAAUUGAUAAAGCCUGUAGUUAGUGUAGUUUUCAAAGUUCCCUUGUGACUCAAUGAGUCUGCCCAUCGCAAACUGUUAGUGUACAUUGUAAUAAUACAUUGCAUUCUCCACCGCUCAGAUUUGGUUGGAGUUAGUGGACGUGAUGUUUGAACUUUGUUGAGGAUAUGUGAUAUGUAUAAAAAAAGAUAUAAAUAUAUGACAAUGAGGAGUAUCCUUUAAAUGUUGUUCUCAGAGGUACAAUACCGGUAAUUGUCACCCAACAUUUCUGUCUAGAGGAAAAACCCUGUGUCCUUUAACUAAAAGUCUUCAUUUUGUGCAAUGGUUUCAUUGCAUGGAUGCAAUGCAUAUACUGAGAGUGUAAGAUCGAUAUACAACACGAUAAGGGUAUAUUUUAAAAAAUAAUAAUAAGUAUAUAUAGAAUUUUAAAAGUGACAUCGGUGUGCCCUUGUUCCAUUGAAUGAUGUGUUUUCUUUCUUUUGUUGUAAAUGUGAAAUUAAAAGCUGUAUGAAGUA